CAUUAUAUAUAUAUAUAUAUACGUACAUGUUGUUAUUUUGAACAUGGCUGCGGUGGAUUGUGAAUCAAAAGACGACAAUGCGACUAAUUUAUCGGAAACACUGGUAUUUUCGAAUGAAACAGUUAAAACGAUCGAAGAACAUGAAACAUCAGGAAUACCUUUACAAUCAUCUUGGACAUUUUGGUUAGACAAAGCUAUUUCUGGCACAACUGUUGAAGAAUAUAAAGAAAAUUUAACGAAGAUUUAUACUGUGAAUACUGUACAAAGUUUUUGGGCUGUUUUCAACAAUAUACCAAAUGUUAGUGCUGUACAAGUCAGAUAUAGUUAUCAUUUAAUGAGAGACGAAAGAUAUCCAUUAUGGGAAGAACCUGUCAAUCAAAAUGGUGGAACAUGGAGACUAAAAUGCCAUAAAUCUGAUACUGAAAAAAUAUGGAAAGAAAUGGUACUUGCAGCUAUUGGAGAACAAUUUGCAGAAUGUGUUGCAGAAGGGGAUGAAGUUUGUGGAAUAACUGUAUCUAUUAGAGAUAGAGAAGAUCUUGUUCAAAUAUGGAAUACAAAUGCUACCUUAGCAUCAAAAGCUACAAUUUUAAAUAAAAUCCAUUCUCUCUUACCUAAUGUAAACUUUUCUGAAUUUUAUAAACCUCAUCAAUCACAUCAUGCUUAUGGACGCCGUUAAAAAAAAAUUAAUAUUAUUAAAAUAUUAUUUGAUAAAUAUGAAUUUAUAAAUAAAAAUUUAAUUCUAAUAAAAAUGAA